ACCUGCUCCCCACCCCAGGACCACCGUGCCUCCGCGUCCCUGUGUCGUUGCACUCUCGUGCACCCCUGCGGUGCGUCACAAUGGCUUGUGCCGUCACUCCUCACCCCGUGACGUAACCCGCCGGGGAGCGUGAGGCGGUGGGGCCUCUCGAGGCCUGCUCAUCCCUGUUACCCCGUAGAAUGGCCUCACCCCUUCGGGGAAAGCCCUCUCCGUCCCGGGGGGAGGCCGCCCGCUACGAGGAGACGUCGACUGUCCGCGUGGAGACCUCGUCCCACCUCGUGGAGACAUCCUCCCGCCAGGUGCGGACAUCUUCCCGGCAUGUGGAGACCACCCAGCGCUGCAGCGAGGGGCCCUCCAUCCCCCCCUCUGGGAAGCUGCUCCCUCGCGUCCUCGAGGUGUCCUCCCAGCGCGUGGAAACCUCCUUACAGCGUACGGAAACGUCCUCCCGCCAAGUCAGGGCCUCCUCCCUGCGGGUGGAGACGUCUCUGCACCGCGUGGAGAGCCCGCCGCGACGGGAGCGGCCAGCCGCCCGCCAGAAUGUCCCAAGGGCCCGAUGAGAUGCUUCCUUUCCUGGGGCCCUGAGAGGUCCGUGGCCCUUGGCCAGGGCAGAAUUGCAGCCAGUUCGAAGGCAGCCUGCUGCCAGAUGGGCCCAUCAUCUUUGGUUUCCUGGAAACGGUCCACAAAUCAAUGUGAGAAAAAGCCAAGAUGCGGUUUCGGGAUUCAGCCAACAUUCAUUGACCCUGCUGCACCUUGGACCAUCCUGCCUUUGACCCAAUGAACUAUUUUAACUUGAAGCCACCGCA